AUGGCAUUAGCCAGCGGUCACUGGCUGGAGAAGGAGAUGAGGGGAGAGGCCCCGAGUCCCAGGCAGGGCCACGCGUUAGCUGUGGCAGGAAACGUCGCCUUUCUGUUCGGAGGAUCCUCCAGCAUGAGUCAGGAGGAGGACAUCAUUGUUUACUUCAACGACUUCUACAUGCUAACAGUUUCUCCUGAUGAUGUCAUGUGGGAGGAGAUUCCUCAGAGCGGAGACGUUCCCUCAGCCAGAGAAGGACACACUCUUUGUGUUGUGAAAGGGAAGCUGUAUCUGUUUGGAGGAGCGUCCAGCCCUGACGCCAAUGAGUGUCUCCCAGGAGUCUACAGCUUUGAUAUAGUGUCUCUGACCUGGGAGGGCCUAGCAGUCGGAGGUGUGGCCCUCAGGACCCUCAGCCACAGCUCUGUUGCCGUAGGAGACAACAUCUACGUGUACGGAGGCAGUCUGGGAGGGAAUCCAUCUGAUGAUCUCUUGGUCUUCAACACAGUGUCUCUCACCUGGACGCCGGUAAAAACCAGCGGCUCUCUGCCUCCUGCGCUGUUUGGUCAGAGUUUUGCUCUGGUCGGAGAUCAGGUGUUCAUGUUUGGAGGAUGUGAGGCAGGUGGAGACUUCUGUAAAGACCUGCAUGUCCUCAACACAGAGAGCUUGGUUUGGCAGAAAUGGGAGGUGAAGGGAGAAUCACCUGCAGCCUGCAGCGGACAAACACUGACUGCACACCAUGAUAAAGAUAUCUACCUGUUUGGGGGCAAAAGCACGAAUGAGGACGGCACGGUGACGUCAUCCAAUGAAAUCCAUAAACUCAGCAUCUCUAAGAUGAAGUGGAAGGUUCCUCUGUACGUCGGGAUUCCUCCGGCUCGACGACACGGACACACCGCCUUCAUCCUCCACAGCCACCUGUACGUGUUCGGAGGAAAGAAUGAAGAGCAGGAGUUUAAUGACCUGAAGGUGAUGAAACUCAUCAACCCCUCAGAGAGACAACCAGUGAUGAAGGAGAUUCUGUCGGAGUUUGGUCUGCAGGGAGUCAGCCACAGGUCAGCAGCCGCCUCACACACCUGUGUUUCUGUUUCGUCUUACUGUGUGUGUGCAAUUUCAGCUUCACGUCACGCUCUCUUCACUCCCACAAAGGUUCCCAAUGUUCGCUACGAGCUGAGCGACUCGGCUGCGUUCAGCCAGCCCAGGGGCCCCGCAGCUAAUGCUCAGGUGUUUGUCCACAGAGACUUCAGUGCAGUGCGAGAUCAGGCCAUGAAAAUGAUCCAGACUGCUUUCGCUCUGCUCGACCAGGAGUUCCUCAAACUGGACCGAGAGAAGUCAGAGUUGUCUCAAGCUGCUGCUGCUCUGCAAAGAGACAAAGAAGCUCAUGAAGCCUGCAGACAACAACAGCAGCAGGAGCUGCAGGAGAUGCUGGACCGACAUCGCUCUCAAAAUGAGGCGUGGCUCCGAGCGAGAGCCGAGGAGAACGACCGAGAGAGGAGGGAGCUCUGCAGGCUCAGAGAGGAGGUGCUGCAGGAGCAGGAGCGGCUGAAGGAGGAGCAGAGCAGCAUCCAGAAACGCAGCGAACAUCUUCUGUCCAUCAUGCAGCAGUUCAAAGGAAUGUGAGAUAGAAGGAUAGAUAGAUGGAGACGGACAUGAUCUUCUUUUUUUUUUCAUCUUUGUUCCACUUUGAACCUUACGUGUUAUGUUGUGUUCACACUGGGCGCGAAUAAAGGUUAAGUCAAUGUAACAUGUGAUUAGACAUGAAUUCCCACCAGGCGGCGUAAUGGACACGAUGGACACGAAAUAUGUGAAUUAAGUGGCUGAAAUAAUGCAGGUAGCUCGAUUUCGCACCAUACGCUGGAUCGCGAGAGCUGAAAAAUCUGAACUCCAGCUACCAAAUCACAACACAAUAGCCAAUCAGCAUUGAGAGUCUCUGGGGACAUAUGACGCCGAGGACGUACUGGUGAAAGUCCAUUGAUUGAUUCAGGGAUUUCAAGCACGUAUGACCCGAGUUAUUUGUGCGUAUGAAGCGAGCCAACACAAAAUUUGCCUCGCGUUUGGUGUGAACACAACAUUUAACUUUCUUACAACAAAAAUAUGUUGCAAAAAAGAACGUGAAAAGUUUGCAUCUCGUAUUGUUGAGAGCACAACAGCUGAUUGUAGCGUUGUCAUAGCUGAGCAUCAUUUGACUCUUAAUUUAAAUGUGAGAAUUUCAUAAUAAACCUUGACUUA